AUGAGUUCUACCCUUUUCUCAUGGAGUCCGGGAUCAAAGGAGAUGAGGGCAAGAAGGGAACUCAACACGGGGUCGGGUUACGGGUUAGGCAAGGAAUCAGAGCGGCUGAACGAAAACCGGCAUAGAAUGGAAUUGAUUGGUUCGCCACUUCUGAAGAAGCGAAGGAGGAGGGCGCAAGGAUCAACCAGCUCUUCUUAUUACGAUUACGUGAGUUUUGACUAUCGGGAUUUGGCUCAUUCAAUGCCAUCAACCAAGGAAGUUUUUUCGACUUCAGGGAGCUCAGUUGAGUGGAAGCCGCCAAAGGAGAAGAAUGCCACUUUAUCGAAAGGGGAAGGACGGGCCACGGAUGUCGGCCAGAAGCAUGCUAUUGAGCAAGCCCAGCCGAACCUAAGUGUCAUAAAAGCGAGGCAGCUUUAUAUGGAACAAAAAAGUAUUCCCAACCGGGCAGUACCUCUUCCAGAGCCCGCUACUAUGGAAGUGGGAAUCCUCCUUCUCAAGGCCGAAAGAAGUAGAGGGGAGCUCCUUUGUAAUGUAAUGAAGGUUUGGUGUUCAGUCCGCCAUUCCAAGGUAAAUGCCUUUAAUUCAAACCGGAUGGGACCUAACAAACUCUCUACGUUCGUACCUGCAGCUAACAAGUCAGAAGUGUCCCUUGAGUCCGAGUUAGCUGCUCUAGUUCUAGUUCAAGACAGGAAAGUAUGGGACCGCUUGCUUAUGGCUUUGGAAGCGAGCAACCGACCCGGCAGAAGUAGAUCGGAAGUUAGGGAGUCAAAGUCUUACCUUUUUCUUUCAAGUCUUUCUGCCUUACUUUUGGAGGUAGGAGUCUAA